GUAGCCCGACUGACUAACCACCACCCACUUUUGUUAUCUUGCCCGGCACCAUCUUCCUGUCAGCUUCCUGCCAAAGCUUCCAGAAGGACGCUCGGGCUGUCUCGACUCUCCCCCAUCUGGCCCGUUCACCCUCUAAACGGUCCGCCCGCCUUCCGCUCAUCCCAUUGUCUAUAGACCGGCAGAUAUCCGGGUGAAGCCAUCAAUCACUUCUUCGCUCUGGUUUCAUCCGCCUGAUUGUCGUAUCCGUUGCGUCCUUUGCAUCAUCUCCUUCUUCUGCUGGCCCCUAUGUUGCUUACUUCCCAUCAGAUCAAGGCAAAGAUAACAUUUUCUACCUCGCAACUUCAAUAUUGGCGCCAACUUCCGUCGUACACAGCGGCAUACACAACCGCUCCGCAUCAUUCCACAGCCCGCAAUCCCGGUCCUGGAAAAUGCUACGUCGCAUGGCAACAGUAUGUGUGUGUGUGUGUGUGUGUGUGUGUGUGUUGCCGCCACCAAUUGCCGCGACGACCUUACCUACUUGGCUCCCAUGUCGCGCAAAAGGCUUGGACCAUGUCAAAGGAGGCUUCUUUAAUACCUACCGCGGUUGAGACAAAUUCGUGA